AUGGGGUCGAGGGUGGACUAUGAGAAGAUUCGGGAACUUGACAGUUCAGUCAAGGCACAUGAGGAAGACAGAGGAGACAAGAGGCAGGAGAGGGAGGAAACCGGGAGCCGCGGGGACGUUGGGGGAAACCCGCAAGCAACUGAGCCAGAGAAGAGGCAGCGUGAGAGCGGAAACUUCAGACGCUGCCGGUCCGGCGGAGCUGGGGAGAGCCGGGCGCCGCGUCUCCCGCCCGCGGCAGCAUCCUCCUCGCUCCCCUCCGCCGCCCCGGGGAGGUCCGGGAGCUGCCUCCCUGCAGCUACCACGAGCCCAGGGGUGCGGGCAGCCACCCCCAGGAAGUUUGGGCUCCAGCGUAGUUUGGGGUGCGUCGCGCGCACGCCCCAGAGGGCGAGGGGCCGAGGGCGAUGUUGGGCGCCUUGCGGGGCUGGCGGCGUCCGGAAAGCGUGCGUAGGUCCGCGGUCCUGCUGCUGUCCCCAGUACUCCCCGCAUCCCCCAAGUGAUGGGAACAAGGGCCCGCCCAGGCAGCCGCUGUCGCCGCACCGCCCCCUCGCUCGCCCCCUGCGCGCGGAGUCACCCAGGCACACCCCCGGCACCCCGAGCCGGUCGUCCGGAGCUACCGCUGCUACCUUGGCUGCCGUUGUCGCCGCUGCGUGUGGCCAGCUGCUGACUGGGCUCACUUGGAGACGGAGAAGCACUUUGGGGCCCUCCCUAAUCCGCUCUCACACCCCAACUUUGCAGCCGCCGCGCCUGCCCUCGCAGCGGCGCUCGGGCGCGCACUGUGGGGGCGCACGCCGGGAGGCUCCGCGAGACCGUGGAGGCAGGAAACGGCACAACUGCUCCUCUGCUUCAGCUCUUUGUUGUUCGCCUUGGAUGGUUCUUGGAAGUGUCUGACUGAGCCUCCUCCUCGGAAAUCCUGGGACCGGAGAAGACAAACCUAGGAAUUCCUCGUCUGCAAAGGGCUCUGAGAUAGUGACAAGCGUCUGGAAAGGUCGACAAGUAAUUGCCCUGAAAACUCCUGGAGGAUUGACCCACGUUGCUUAUAUUAAGCCUUUGUGUGUAGUGUGUGUGUGGUGUGUGGCUUCAUAAAUUUGGGGACCCCGUUUCUACUCCCUCGGCUUGGCAUGAGACUGUAUGCAGGAUCUACCCGAGGACAAUGAUCGCGGAGCCUGCUCACUUUUACCUGUUUGGAUUAAUAUGUCUCUGUUCAGGCUCCCGUCUUCGUCAAGAAGAUUUUCCACCUCGUAUUGUUGAACACCCUUCGGACCUAAUUGUCUCUAAAGGAGAACCUGCAACUUUGAACUGUAAAGCCGAAGGCCGCCCCACACCCACCAUUGAAUGGUACAAAGGGGGGGAGAGAGUGGAGACAGACAAAGAUGACCCUCGCUCACACCGAAUGCUGCUGCCGAGCGGAUCUUUAUUUUUCUUACGUAUAGUACACGGCCGGAAAAGUAGGCCCGACGAGGGGGUCUACGUCUGUGUAGCGAGGAAUUACCUUGGGGAGGCCGUGAGCCACAACGCGUCGCUGGAGGUAGCUAGUAAGUAAAAUGGGCUGUCUGUGUGUGGCCGGGGGAGUGACAGAGUGGGAUCA